AUUUUUGUUUGAACCGCGACACUGAAGAGGUGAUUGAGUGAGAUCUGUGAAAAAUUGUGUAGUGGAAGUUUUCAUCUCGAACCAAAAAGUUCUAUCUCUUGGAAUACAAUUUUUAAAAAAAAAUCUCAAUAAAUCAAAAAAUAAAUUAUAUAGAGAUCAAAUAGUUGAAAAAUUUAAGUGGCGCAAUAAUGGGAAAAGUUCCGGCAAUUGGUAUCGAUUUAGGAACCACAUACAGCUGCGUGGGAGUCUUUCAGCAUGGAAAAGUUGAGAUAAUCGCCAAUGACCAAGGAAAUAGGACAACGCCUAGUUAUGUAGCAUUCACCGACUCUGAACGUUUGAUUGGCGAUGCUGCCAAAAAUCAGGUGGCUAUGAACCCCAAAAAUACCAUCUUUGACGCCAAGCGUCUCAUUGGACGCAAGUUCGAUGAUCAAAAGAUUCAGGAUGACAUGAAACAUUGGCCUUUCCAAGUCAUCAACGACUGUGGAAAGCCCAAACUCCAAGUAGAAUUCAAGGGUGAAAUGAAAAGAUUCGCUCCCGAAGAGAUAAGCUCAAUGGUCCUAACCAAAAUGAAGGAAGUGGCUGAGGUGUACUUAGGCGGAAAAGUAACCGACGCGGUGAUCACAGUUCCGGCAUAUUUUAAUGAUUCUCAGCGCCAAGCCACCAAGGAUGCCGGUGUUAUUGCGGGCUUGAACGUUCAGAGAAUCAUUAAUGAACCCACUGCUGCUGCCUUGGCCUAUGGUCUGGACAAGAAUCUCAAGGGUGAGAGGAAUGUGCUGAUUUUCGACCUGGGAGGAGGCACUUUCGAUGUCUCGAUUCUGUCUAUUGACGAAGGAUCUCUGUUUGAAGUAAAAUCAACUGCUGGUGAUACCCAUUUGGGCGGAGAAGACUUUGACAAUCGCCUGGUGAACCAUUUCUCUGAGGAAUUCAAGCGCAAAUUCAAGAAGGAUCUCAAGGGUAACGCCAGAGCUCUCCGACGUUUGAGAACUGCCUGUGAACGUGCAAAGAGAACUCUCUCUUCCAGCACUGAAGCAUCUCUCGAGAUUGAUGCUCUGCAUGAAGGUGUAGAUUUUUAUGCAAAAAUCACCAGAGCUCGUUUCGAGGAACUCAACAUGGAUCUGUUCCGAUCAACUCUUGCUCCAGUUGAAAAGGCUCUAGGUGACGCCAAGAUGGACAAGGGUAAAAUCCAUGAUGUGGUUCUUGUAGGAGGCUCAACCCGUAUUCCCAAGAUUCAGAAAAUGCUCCAGGACUUUUUCUGCGGAAAGGCCCUCAAUCUUUCAAUCAAUCCCGAUGAAGCUGUAGCCUACGGUGCUGCCGUUCAGGCUGCGAUCCUCUCAGGCGAUGGCAGCUCUCAGAUCAAGGAUGUCCUUCUCGUGGAUGUCACUCCACUGUCUUUGGGCAUUGAAACAGCCGGUGGAGUUAUGACGAAGCUAGUUGAGAGAAAUUCACGAAUUCCAUGCAAACAGCAACAAACAUUCACAACCUACAGCGACAACCAAAAUGCCGUUACCAUCCAAGUGUUUGAGGGUGAAAGAGCCAUGACUAAGGACAACAAUCUUCUGGGAACCUUCAAUCUCACCGGAAUUCCACCAGCACCAAGAGGUGUUCCCAAGAUCGAGGUCACUUUCGACCUAAAUGCUGAUGGCAUCUUGAAUGUAUCAGCAAAGGACAACAGCACAGGAAGAUCAGAAAAUAUCGUGAUUACCAAUGAUAAAGGACGCCUGUCUAAGGCCGAAAUUGAUCGGAUGCUAUCAGAAGCUGAGAAAUACCGGGAUGAAGAUGAAAAGCAGCGACAGAAGAUUUCUGCUAGAAAUGCCCUAGAAAGCUACGUAUUCAGCUGCAAGCAGGCUGUCGAAGAUGCACCACAGGGCAAACUUACUGACUCCGACAAGCAAACCGUCAAGGAUAAGUGUACAUCUGAAAUGUCCUGGCUGGAUUCCAACACUUUAGCGGAAAAGGAGGAAUUUGAGGACCAUCUUAAGGACACACAACGCGUCUGUGGGCCUAUUAUGGCCAAGAUGCAUGGUGGAGGACCCCAGGGUGGACAAAAUUCAUCUUCAGGACGUGGCCCUACUGUUGAGGAAGUGGACUAAACGGGAUUCAUUAUCUCCCUGAACAUUUUGUAUUGACCUUUUUUCACAAUUUUAUACACAAAAUAGCCUUAUAUACAGUUAACCAAAUAACUUUCUGAUUUAGCCUCUCUGCCUCUGCAUUUUCCUUCCCAUGUCCCAUGUAGCAAGUAUAGAUGAUGAUUGGUGAUGGGAAGUUAAAAUUGCCGUACAAAAAAAAGCACAAGAAUGUAUUUUUGCAAUAAUAUUUUAAAUAAAUUAAUAAAGGAUAACUCUUCA